AUGGCAUUAACUACAAAACACAUUGACGUGAAUUAUGAUGCGGAACUCGAAACUAUAAAAAAUUUUCUCGAAAAAUUCAAGUCAGCAAAACCGAGGGUUGAGGUUGAAGAAGAUUCUAUGGAUAUAGACCUUUAUGACAUUGAAGGACCUCCCGAAGAAUUUUCUUUUAAGUACAUGGAACAACUUCAAAAAAUUGCGAAUCGCGAACAAGAUUCAUUGAUAAUAGAGCUUGAUGAUGUGUCUUCAUUUAUUAACAGAGGGAACAACGAUUUGGUUGGAAGAAUAAUAAGAAAUGCAAAACAUUACAUUGAUUUAUUUCUUCGUGCGAGUGAUGCGUUAAUACCGAUACCAACAAAAGAGAUCAAUUAUACGGAUGAUGUUCUUGAUGUUCUAAUAACAAAAAGGAAAGAGAGAGAGCAACAAAAAAGUGCGCAAGGUGUCUCAUUCCCACCAAGUUUGACUAGGCGACACACCAUCUAUUUCAAGCCAUUAUCAACAUUGAAUAAUUCGCCCUUGGCUGUACGUGAAGUGACUGGUGGAUAUUUAGGCCAUUUGGUCACUAUACGGGGGAUCAUUACGCGUGUUUCCGAUGUGAAGCCAUUCUUGCUUAUCAACACAUACGCUUGCGAUGUAUGUGGAGACGAAGUUUUUCAAGAAAUUACCAAAAAAAGCUUUAUGCCGUUGUUUGAUUGUCCGUCGGCUCGAUGUAAACUUAACAAAGUACCCGGAAAGUUAGUCAUGGAAACCCGAGCCAGCAAAUUUUUGCCAUUUCAGGAAGUGAAAUUACAAGAAGAGACUAAUCAAGUACCAGUUGGGCAUAUUCCUCGAACAAUGACCAUUCAUUUGUAUGGCAGUAUGACACGUACUUUAAAUCCUGGGGAUAGAGUUGAUGUAGCCGGGAUUUACUUGCCUACUCCUUAUACUGGCAUUAAAGCAAUACGUGCUGGUCUAUUAACUGACACUUAUCUUGAAGCACAAUAUGUUGGACAGCUUAAAAAACAAUACGAUAAAAUGGAAAAAACUCCUGAAAUCGAGAAAAAGAUCCAGGAGUUAAGUAGUGAUCCAAAUAUUUAUACGAGACUGUCACAAAGUAUUGCACCGGAAAUAUUCGGACACGAGGAUGUAAAAAAGGCUUUGUUAUUAUUGCUUGUGGGUGGAGUUACGAAAACAACAGGGGAUGGAAUGAAAAUUCGCGGUGAUCUUAAUAUUUGCUUGAUGGGCGAUCCGGGUGUAGCCAAAUCGCAAUUAUUGAAAUUUAUUUCAAAAGUUGCACCUCGUGGCGUGUACACUACUGGUCGAGGUAGUUCAGGUGUCGGUCUUACAGCAGCUGUUAUGCGCGAUCCUGUAACUGAUGAAAUGGUUCUAGAGGGUGGUGCUCUUGUACUUGCUGAUAAUGGUAUUUGUUGUAUCGACGAAUUUGAUAAAAUGGAAGAUACUGAUCGUACUGCUAUUCACGAAGUAAUGGAGCAACAAACUAUAAGUAUUAGCAAAGCUGGAAUAACUACUACAUUAAACGCGCGCACAUCAAUCCUUGCUGCAGCCAAUCCUUUAUAUGGUCGAUAUAAUCCAAAAAUUUCACCAGUACAAAAUAUUAAUUUGCCGGCGGCUCUACUUUCACGUUUUGAUGUCCUAUUUUUGAUAUUGGAUUCACCCAGCCUGACAGGUGAUACUGAAUUGGCUCAGCAUGUGGUCCACGUUCACACUCAUGAGAAUCAUCCUUCAUUGGAUUUUGAACCACUUGAAGGCCAAAUGAUUAGACAUUACGUCGCAGAGGCUCGUUCAAAACGACCAGUUGUGUCCAAAGAAAUGUCCGACUAUAUUGUCGAUUCCUACGUAAGACUUAGACAAAAUCAAGUAGAGGAUACAGAACGCAAGCGUGAAUUUACCUAUACCAGUGCGCGUACACUCUUGGCAGUUUUGCGUAUGUCACAAGCUUUAGCUCGAAUUCGCCUCAGCAACGUUGUAAUACAGAGUGAUGUGGACGAGGCUUUAAGGCUAAUUGAUGUCUCCAAAGCUUCCCUUAAUGUAGAGAGAGAAGUCGUUGACGGUGAUACUUCGGUUAACACAAGGAUUUAUGAACUAAUUCGUGAAAUGUAUAAUCGAUUACCUGAAGAUGAAGAUGGUGAAGAUUCCUUGAAGCAGCUUAAAAUUGUUGAUAUUCGAGAUCGGGCAUAUGCCAAAGGGUUCACGAGCGACCAAUUGCAAGAAUGUUUUGACGAGUAUUCGAAUUUGAAUAUAUGGAUGAUUGAUAACAAUCGACGCUAUUUAACCAUAGCUAAUCCAUGA